AUGUUCCAACAUGCUUUCCACCAAUUUGUUUUCACCACCGUGGUGCUUGCACUCAUGUCAGCUAUCCCAACUGGAGAGCUUGAGGAGCAUGCAAGCUGCAUGAUCUCCUCUGUCUUGAGUGCUUCAUCCAUCUUGAGCUGCUCGUCUGUCACUAUCUCAGCCUUCACUGUACCCAGCAGAAGCAUGACUAUCAUCAUGGCUGGCGACAUCACCUUUGCCAAGACCUCUAGUGACAGACCAUUGUUCACCAUCAAUGGUGAUGACAUCACAUUCAAUGGCAUGGGAUACUCAUUCGAUGGAAACAGUGCCAAGUACUGGGAUGGUGAAGGCACUAACGGCAGUGUCGACAAGCCUCACCCUUUCUUGAAGUUCAAGGGCUCUGGCACCUACUCCAACUUCACAGUCUUGAACAGCCCUGCCCAGGCUAUCUCUAUUGGCAACAGUGACAGCCUUGUCUUUGACAGCAUCACCAUACAUCGAAUUCCUCUCAUUUGGCACGAUGGUGAUGACGAUGACCUUGGUCACAACACCGAUGGUUUCGAUGUUUCAGCCAAUGACGUGACUAUCCAAAACUCCGUCGUGAAGAACCAGGAUGACUGUAUCGCCAUCAAUGAUGGCUCGAAUAUCAUCUUCAAGAACAACAAGUGCUUGGGCAGCCAUGGUAUUUUGAUUGGUUCCAUCUCUAGUGGCAAGUCAGUCACUGAUGUCACCAUCUCUGGAAACACUGUUAUGGACUCAAUGUAUGGAUUCAGAAUCAAGGUCAAAGCUUCUGCAACAAGCAUGUCAGUGUCCAGUAUCACAUACUCUGGAAACACCCUCAGUGGCAUCAACGAGUAUGGUGUCUUGAUCACCCAGUCUUACCCUGAUGAUGAGGGUACUCCAGGAACUGGUGGUCCCAUUUUGGACAUAAACUUCACUAGAAGCACCACCACCAUCAAGGUUGGAGAUGAUGCCAAGCAUCUGGCCGUUGACUGUGGAGCUUGCUCUGGAACUUGGGACUUCUCCAAAUUGAAGAUCACUGGCAGAUCUGCAGGGAACAGUUGA